AACAUUCCUCUCUGUUGUGUGUGUGUUGUAUAAUGUUUUAAGAGGUCAGUAGAGUGAGGUGUUAUAAAGAGGUGUUUCACUGUGUUAUGGGGCUGAUACAUGGUAGUCCUCCUCUCACCUCUACCUCACACAACUCGUUAAAUCAGUUUUAUGAGACAAGUAUCUAAUUUCAGAAUAGUAUCUAAUUUUUCCCUCACUUCAUCAUAGGCUGUUGGGGAAAGGCAUAGUUAUAUAAGUGUAUGACUAUUUGACAUAGGAUAUAUAAGGUGUAGAUGGAGUGCUACAGUAUUUCUUCUGUAAAAGCAUAUAACGUCACAUUAGUUCAACAUAUACAUAAACAAUACAGGUAUACAAUAAUAGUAAACAAUUUGUUAAUGUUUGUUUUCUUUUUAUAAUUUUUGGCAGUGGAUAUUUUGCCGUGACCAGUAGUUCCUCAACGCUAUUUUACCGUGACUGUGCGGGGAGUGGCUCAUCAAUCAUUACCGCUGAACAAUUUUUUCAGGGAUGUAUUGCCACUAUGUGAACAUUGGAGAGUGACUGCAGCUUAAUACAUCAAGACAUGGAGUGUAGCGGCCCCGAUGAAGUCUACAUUUUCUGGUCGCUUAUUGUACUGUAGCUGAACUAUUGUCACAGUGCUAUGGAGAAGGAGAAAGAACAGACAAGCAGAGCCAAUGUAUUGUAUGGUCCCCUCUGUCACCUGAUAACUGAGAGGGAUGCACUGCUGGUCUCUCCAUCAUCAGCCACGUAUUGUAGCAAUGCAUAUGGAUAACAUCACCGAGGGAAGAGCACAGAGAUGCUCUCAUAAUACUGUACAACAAUCCUUUCCAUCCUAAAUAUGCAGCCUUAUUGCAUUAAGUUUGAGUGCAGAUUAAUAUUGCAUUAAGAACACAAGAUAGUCUUCCUUUUGUAUCUAAUUAAUGUAUGUCAUGAUUACCUGACAAGAAAGCCUUACAAAUGUCUUUACUGUAAUAAUUUGUCUCCUUAUUCCUUUCUCAGUUCACCUUUAAAUGAACUUAAAGCCCAGUACAGCGUGUGGUGAUAGAUAUUAAGUAUACUAUGGAUCCUAUUAGCCCUAGUUUGCAUGAUUUUCUAAUCUCAAGCGAUAACCCAUUUGUUUGUGUAGAAAAUGAUGUUAAAAGUCUAAAUACAAUGACAGAAAUGGAUGAAAGACCCUUUGCAUUUUUAGAGGAUGGAAAGAGUAAACACAGAAUGGAACACAGACCAUAUACCUGCCCUCCAGAGGAGGUUUGUGGCUGUGAACACUUGUUGCUACAGUGUCUGGAGUGUGGAAGUGAAAAACGUGGAACAGUUGAUGUAGAAAAACUGUUUUGUGACAUGGGAGGUGGGAAAAUAGAGUGCGGAAUGUCUGAUAUAGAAGAGAUGCCUCUGGAUUACUCAGUAAAUGAAAAGGAAAGACAAGAAAGCAUUAAAAUUGGGCUCAAUUCAUUAAAGCCUUCAAAGAAAGAAAAUGUGAAUUAUGUGAACGACAGUAAAAAUAAAUUGAGAGAUACUGAUGCUGAAAAAAUAGACAUAGAUCAUACGAAAAGUAGAAAAUGCCAGAAUAAAACCACAAACAUGGAAAAAACUUUGUUUAAGUGUUUGAAUGCCAGUAAUGAAAAGACACCUGCAGUACAAGCACCUUGUCUUUUAGAGAACAGGAAAGAAAAAUUAACGGGUAAAACAAGUGAACAAAUACCAUUAGAAGUAGAAGAGAUUCAUUUAAAAUUUUCAAAGGAUAGUCAUCUACAAGUUCAACUCUACAACUCUGAGCAAACACCAAUGGAUGAUUUAAAGGAUAAAAGUAUUAUUAAUUAUGUACCCUGUGAGUUACAACAGUCACCAGCAGAGUGUUCAGAAAUACCAUUAGAGGAUAAAAGCAAACAGGAACAGCAAGAGUUUACAGACGCAGUAACGAAAGAUAUAAAAUGUUCUACGUGUGGGGAAGAGAUAAAUGGGCUAACCUACUCGAGUGAAAAUAUGAAAGAUCCAUUUAAAUGCUUCAUGUGCUUAAAGGAGGUGGUGCAGGCUAAUGAACACACCACCUUGAUACGAAUGGGAAAAAAAUACCACAUGGUCUUCAACGCCGGAGAAAAGCCCUUUAAAUGUUAUCAGUGUAAGGAGGACUUUAGAUACAUGGCAGACCUAAAGGAACAUCUAAUUCUGCACACACAAGAGAGACCAUUUCAGUGUGAUGUGUGUGGGAAGACUUUCAGGUUCAGGAGUAUGAUGAAGCGACACAUGCUCUUCCACUCUGAUGAAAAGCCCUUCCAGUGUGCUCUCUGUGGCAAGGAAUUUAAAAUCAUUGGUCAUUUAAAUCAACAUAUGACGAUACAUACGGGAAAGAAACCGGUCGAGUGUUCUAUUUGUGGGGAAGAAUUCAAACAAAGAAGACUCCUAAAACACCACAUGUUGACCCACAAUGAGGAAAAACCAUACAGCUGUUCCCUGUGUGAGAAGGAAUUUAAAUACAACUGUGAUCUAAAGGAGCAUAUGUUUACCCACUUGGGAGAUAACCCUUUUAAAUGUUCUGUGUGUGGAAAGGAGUUCAACCGGAAGAGUAAUCUCCAACAGCAUAGAGUAACUCAUUCGAGAGAGACACCGUAUAAGUGCCCGGUGUGUGGCAAGGAGUUCACCCUUAAUGGGAACUUGAAACAGCAUAUGGCCACUCAUAUAGAUGAAAAACUAUUUAAAUGUCUUGAUUGUGGAAAAGAAUUCAAUAGAAAAAGUAAUCUUGACCAGCACAGAGCUGUUCAUAAUGGUGAUACUCCAUACAAAUGCUUAGAAUGUGGUAAAGUGUUCAAGUUAAAGGGACACCUUCGGAAACACAUGAUUACGCAUAAUGAUGAUAAAGCUUUUGAAUGUCCGGGAUGUGGUAAGCAAUUUAGAUUUAAGGGUGACUUAAAAAGGCACAUCAAAAGCGUCGUUGGGAACAAACCAGUGGAGUGUUCUGAGUGUGGGAAGAGAAUGAAAUGUAAAGGGGAACUAAAGCAGCACAUGUUCACACACACAAGAGAGAAAUAUGAGUGCACUCAGUGUGGGAAACAGUACACUCAAAAAGGAACACUCAACCGGCAUAAGCUGUCUCAUGUGUGCGGUAAAUCCUACAAAUGCUCAAAAUGUGCAAAAGAAUUUACCAGAAAGAGUAAUCUCGAACAACAUAUGUUCAGUCACGUGAGAGAAGACUCUGAGGAAUUUGAGUAUCUUGUAAAUAAAAAUACUCUUAAACAAGACAGCACUAUAUUGUACAUUAACGAGGACUCCAGCACAGAUAUUAAGACUCCUCAGGAAUAUAAUUUUAUGAAACAUGUGAUUACUAUUAAAACUGAAGCAGAAACAGAUUCAGAUUGCAGUAAUUUUAACACAGAAUCAGCUGAUGGUAGUACUUUCACAGAUGAUGAUGAUAAGAAAUGUCAUAGUGUAAAUAAUUCUAUAGAAUAUGUAAAUAAUAAAGGUGGUACUGAAAUUUUUAUAAAAGAGGAAGUGCAUUUAGGCUAGUGAGUGAUGACUUGUACACUAACCCACCCAAAACACACCGCAGGGGGAAGAUUAUUUUGAUAUGCAAAGUGAAAGAUAUUUUGAGUAGGCAGAAAGUCUUGUAAUAUUUCCUAAGUUUUGCAGUGUCCCAAAAAAAGAAAAAUGUAACCUAACCUAACCUAACCUAACUUAACCUUAUUGGACAUUUAUAAACCAUAAUGGAGGUAUUGUCAGUAAAUCCUUCAAAUUUUCCUUAGACUAGUCAUAAGAAAAACUUUUUUUACAAAUAAUUUACUUUUCAAUUAUUAUAAUGGCUUAAAAACUUUUUUAUAUUUGUUGUAUGUGAGUUGAUUGGUAGUGCAUGUCUGUGUUGAAUUUUGAAAUGCUAAAGAACACAUAUUGUGCUUAUUUUAUACACUGUUUACUUUGUCUAGAGAAUGACUUAUGGUUCAUGGGUAGGUGGUCUCUACCCGGUGUUAAGACUAAUGAAUUUCUGUUAAAUCCACCAUAACAGAUGUGCUUAUUUUUUAUUUUAUUUUUUUUUUUAUUGGGCACUCCCCUACAUCCUUGUGUAAGGUGAAGCGCAGAAGCGUUUACAGUGCCCAACAGGGAAGCAUGCUAAGUUCAUGCUUGCCUU